CGGGUCCCGGCAGGCACUGCGGACGUUUGAGCGAGGCGCGGGCGGGAUGGAGGUGGUAGCUGCUCAGGAGCCCGGCCGGGGUCGCGGGGCAGCAGGUGCGCUAGAGCCCGCCCUGAGCACUCCCCUGGGGGGGGGCGGCGGCAGCGGCAGCGGCAGCGGCAGCGGGAUGCCCCGAGGAGGCGAGGCUGGGGCAGAGGGAGCCGAGCCCUGGGGCUGUUCGGAGCUACAGAAAGUACCGAGCCCUGGAGCUGCAGUGAGGGCACGAGCGGGCCCCUGUGAGAGGGCAGAAAGGAAAAGGUCCUGGUCUGAUCACAGCCCCACCAUGGGCAGGCAGGCGCCCAGUCCCAAGCAGGCAUCGCCCUGGAAAGGCAGUCCCAGGAAGGCCCUGGCUUUUGGGUCGCCCCCCUCAUCCUCCAGGUCGCGAGUCACCCGUCGCUCCUGGCGUCGCUCCAGUCUGAAGGGAACUAAGCGCCGGAAGUCACUGCCUCCUUUUCACCCCGAUGUGACAGAACUGAGCAAAUCAAUCAGCCUGGAUUUGCCAGGGACUGACAGACUUGCUGAGCUCCUGCUGUCCAGUUUUCAGUUUUCUGCCCAGAAGCUGGAAUGUGCCUUGAUGCAGACUGAUGGGUUCAGCCCUGAGGCUUUCAGAGCAAACAGGAACUCAGUUUUAGAGGAGCUGAAGCGCUGCAUAGAGAGGUUGAAGCUGGAUGGAACGCUGAAGAAAUGUACAGAGGAGACUCCAGGGGUUUUGUCGGACCCCGCGCUUGGCGAGUCAUUGGCCCAGAUUAAGGAAUAUAUAGCCAGGUUUUCUGUGGAGUGUCAGUCUUGGGAUCAGCUUGUAAUAAGUUAUGAGAAAAUGGCUGAAGAAAUGCCCAGACAAUUGGAGAAGUGCAAGGCAAAUGAAGAGGAGGUGGAUCCUGCUGAUUAUUUAGGAUCAUCUCAGGCUAAGGUUAUCAACAGCAAGCCUGACUACCAGAGAAUAUUAGACAGCCAGAGUGAGGUCUUUGACUGCAUGGAGCUCGUGCUGGAUGAAAUGCAGAUGGCAGUGAAGUUGUUGCAAGCAUUCAUGAGAGACAGUACCCAGUACCUCCAGAAUUUAUCAGAACAACUUGCCUCAAGAACCUUCUGCCACUUGGAGAACUCGCCUGCGCGGAAGCUGCUGGGGGGGCCCAGGAAACAGCUCCAUGGUGCUGGGAUCCAGCAGCCACCUGAGGGCUGAAGGCAGGCGCUGGGCGGGUCGUUGCUGCCUUUGCAUGCCCCUUCCGGGAUCUGGGGCAGCAGUUGCGUGGGGGUUACAGUAGCCUGCGUCUG